CCCCACCCCCCUCUCCUCUCCUCCUCCUCCUCCUCUUUUUUAGAAGCAGCGAUCGGAGAUGGAUGUCUCUCUUUGCCCAGCCAAGUGUAGUUUCUGGCGGAUUUUCUUGCUGGGAAGCGUCUGGCUGGACUAUGUGGGCUCGGUGCUGGCUUGCCCUGCAAAUUGUGUCUGCAGCAAGACUGAGAUCAAUUGCCGGCGGCCGGACGAUGGGAACCUCUUCCCCCUCCUGGAAGGGCAGGAUUCAGGGAACAGCAAUGGGAACGCCAGCAUCAACAUCACGGACAUCUCAAGGAAUAUCACUUCCAUACACAUAGAGAACUGGCGAGGCCUGCACACACUCAACGCCGUGGACAUGGAGCUCUACACGGGACUGCAGAAGCUAACCAUCAAGAACUCUGGACUCCGGAACAUUCAGCCCAGGGCCUUCGCCAAGAACCCCCACUUGCGUUAUAUAAACUUGUCAAGUAACCGGCUCACCACACUCUCCUGGCAGCUCUUCCAGACACUGAGUCUUCGGGAAUUGAGACUGGAGCAGAACUUCUUCAACUGCAGCUGUGACAUCCGCUGGAUGCAGCUGUGGCAGGAGCAGGGUGAGGCCCGGCUGGACAGUCAGAGCCUUUACUGCAUCAGUGCGGAUGGCUCCCAACUCCCUCUCUUCCGCAUGAACAUCAGUCAAUGUGAUCUCCCCGAGAUCAGUGUGAGCCACGUCAACCUGACCGUCCGAGAAGGGGACAAUGCUGUCAUCACUUGCAAUGGCUCUGGCUCCCCCUUGCCUGAUGUAGACUGGAUAGUCACUGGGCUGCAGUCUAUCAACACCCACCAGACCAAUCUGAACUGGACCAAUGUACACGCCAUCAACUUGACCCUGGUGAAUGUGACAAGCGAGGACAAUGGUUUCACCCUGACGUGCAUUGCAGAGAACGUGGUGGGCAUGAGCAAUGCCAGUGUUGCUCUCACUGUCUACUACCCUCCACGUGUGGUGAGCCUGGUGGAGCCUGAGGUACGCCUGGAGCAUUGCAUUGAGUUUGUGGUGCGUGGCAACCCAACACCCACGCUGCACUGGCUGUACAAUGGGCAGCCACUGAGGGAGUCCAAGAUCAUUCACAUGGACUACUACCAGGAGGGUGAGGUCUCUGAGGGCUGCCUGCUUUUCAACAAGCCCACCCACUACAACAAUGGCAACUAUACCCUCAUUGCCAAGAACGCCCUGGGCACAGCCAACCAGACCAUCAAUGGCCAUUUCCUUAAGGAGCCCUUUCCAGAGAGCACAGAUUUCUUUGACUUUGAGUCUGACGCGAGCCCUACACCCCCCAUCACUGUGACCCACAAACCAGAGGAAGACACUUUUGGGGUCUCCAUAGCAGUUGGACUUGCUGCCUUUGCUUGUGUUCUUCUGGUGGUUCUCUUUAUCAUGAUCAACAAGUAUGGUCGCCGGUCCAAAUUUGGAAUGAAGGGUCCUGUGGCUGUCAUCAGUGGUGAGGAGGACUCAGCCAGCCCACUGCACCACAUCAACCAUGGCAUCACCACACCUUCCUCGCUGGAUGCUGGGCCGGACACAGUGGUCAUCGGCAUGACCCGCAUUCCAGUCAUUGAGAACCCCCAGUACUUCCGUCAGGGACACAAUUGCCACAAGCCAGACACAUGGGUCUUUUCAAACAUAGACAAUCAUGGGAUAUUAAACUUGAAGGACAAUAGAGAUCAUCUAGUCCCAUCAACUCACUAUAUAUAUGAGGAACCUGAGGUCCAGAGUGGGGAUGUGUCUUACCCAAGGUCACAUGGUUUCAGAGAAAUUAUGUUGAAUCCAAUAAGCCUUUCCGGACAUUCCAAGCCUCUUAACCAUGGCAUCUAUGUUGAGGAUGUCAAUGUUUAUUUCAGCAAAGGACGUCAUGGCUUUUAAAAAACUUCUUUUAAACCUCCUUGUUCUGAUGUCACCUUGGUAGGAUGGGCCCUCUGAGAGGUUGGAAGCUCUAGGCAUUGUUCUUUUUGGAUCCAGGGAUGCUAAGUAGAAACUGCAUGAGCCACCAGUGCUCCAGUACCCUUUACCACCGAGAUGGGUGUGCAUCCCGUGGACCACUGGCAGGUUGCCCCCCCCCCUCCAGUCAUCACUGUGUUCCUUUUUCUCCGAGCCUCCGAGGCAGCUCCUGCCAACAUCUUUAGAGCCAAUAAAGAGAAUACAAACCCACGCACCAGGAGCUACCUUUUAAACACGCUAGCCAUUCUCUUGACCCAACCAUCACAAGAAAGCCUGAUGAAGUCCAGCCGCAUUCCAGUCUCAUUUUCCGACUUGGAAGCGUGGGGUCUCCAUGCUGGCCUCUCAGUGAUCUCGUCGCCCUGCGCAACCUCCAGCGGGGAGGAGUCACAGAGGACUCUUAAGCAGAGGUGGAGACGGCGCGGUAAGAGGAAGGGGAUCCAGGCCCAACCAAGUAUUGGCUACAGAUUAGGUCUCGGAGGGAAGAAUGGAAGACAGUCAUUUUGUUGGUUUAUUUUUAUUUUUGUGUGUAUGUGUGUAUGUGUAGAAAAAAAUCAUACUUUUUUUUUUUUUUUUUUUUUGUGGACACACUUGGCCCCUCCUUCUUCUUCUCUCUGGAAUGGCUCACACUGAGUGCAAUGUUAGAAAGUUCUUGGGGAAGAGUUUAUGCUGGCUCUACCUGGGUCCCUAGAGCUGCAGUUCGGACAAGCAUUGGCUACAGGAGGUCUUGCCUGUGAAUUGGCCAUCCUACUAGGACCACAAGGGACCAAGGGAAUCAGGGACCAAGACCCUUCCUCCUAGCUCAUGAUCUCGGGAUUGGCUCUAUCCCCUACUUCCACUUAUUCUUGACUCUGAGAACUUUUGGAACCCAGUGGAAUCAUCAUGCCAAGGUCAAGAUGAACUGAAGGGGAAGAGAAGUAAAACCUGGCCUCCUCCAGCCCCUGUCGUGGCACCGACGGGCUGUCAUCCAGGUCUCUGGAUGUGUGUGUUCACUGUGCUUGCUCUCACUCCUGUCUUACUCUGGAGCCAUCCUCUCCCAAAGAGGGGCAGUUCCCCCAUUUUCAGCUUGACCCUCUGGGGAGAGGGAAGGGGUUGGUAGUCCUUUACAUAAUAGGAAAGAAAAGUUUGCAGAGCUUGAAAGCUUUGCCAGGUUGGCUGAAGUAUUGGCUGAGUGAAUUUUGGCUUGGCCAAGUUCUCCCAGUUCCAUGGGUGUCCCUGUUAAGGGAAAGAAUAUGGAGUACCCCAAGUUCAGUUCUUGAGACAACAUGGUAUUUAGUAAAACCCAGUAUGUUCUCAUGUAGUGUUGCACAGCAGUUGGAAGACACAGAGCAUAUGUUUUGGAAAAUUUAUCAAAUUUACCUGAGUGCUAAAGAUCUUACUUAAGGGUUAUAUUCCCUAGGGCCUGUGGGUGAUGGUUCAUCAUGUCAGGUUCUCAGACGGAUGCUAUAGAUACCUCUGUGGGGUAUAUAAGCACAAAGCUUUCCAAGUUCUUUCCUAGGACCUGGAGUGGCCUCCACAGUGUCACUUUAGGUUCAGGGUUUCUCAAGGGCCCCCAGAUCUGUAGCUGUCCCUCCCAGCACUGCUUACCCCCUCCCCAUGGCUCUCUGUCAAACACUUCCCCAUCACACUCAGAUGAUCCCUUGGGUUCAGGUCACCUCCUGAGUGUGGCUUUAAGGAGUAAGUUUGAGGAUGAUGUUUUUAAUUGUUGUAAAUCAUGACCUCAUUUCCUGCCUCCCAGGCUCCAUCCAUCUUUUAGUCUGCCAUCUCUUCACUUUGUGCUAUGACAAUGGGGCGUUGUAUUUCCACAGAGACUUAUAGGAGUGUUCAGUGUAUAGUUUCUUAAUAAACACUUUAUUUUCUAAUGAAA